AUGGAAACCCCAAUCAGAUCACCUUCCUCAUCUCCAACUCCAAACCAUCUUCUUGAUGAUGAUGAUGAGCUGACACCAGAGCAAAGUGCACAUCUGAAUGAAAUAGAUUUUAAUACUGGACUUGAUGGUUUUUUAUUAGCAGCUCUUAAAAGUCCCAAGGAUAGACUAUUCCUUUUGAAAUUAGAUCAAGAAAUGGAACGGUUUAUCAUUGAUGAAAAUCGUUCACGACUAGAAUUUCCACCAAUGAAUUCUUACCAAAGACUUAUCAUUCACCGUGUUGCACAGUACUUUAAAUUAUCUCACGUAGUAGACACUAGUGGUAAAGCAGUAGUGUUAUACAAAUCUAUCGAAACACAAAUACCGAUUCUUCGAUUUUCAGACCUUCUUGAACAAGAAGACGACGAAAAACCUGAAAAAUCAGUGAAAAUUAUGAGAAGACAACAACAAAGAUCCAUAAACCCAAAUGAUCCUGAUAAUAAUAAUUGUGAAGCGGGAGAACGUAAAAUUCUAUCCAUUGAAGAAAGAGAGGCAGCCUAUUUAAAAGCUAGAGCAAGAAUAUUUAAAGAUCUCGAUCAACCAAAUGUUAUGAACGGUCAACUGGAAGAAAAUAAUGAAGAUUCAAUAGUUCUAAAUUCUAGUUUUCCACAUCCAAUGAUGGGAUUUCCACCUCAACAAACAUCAUUGCAACUACAACCACAUCCGGCAAAUAUUGGUGCAAUCAGACCACCGAAGUCAACAGAAUUAUUUGAUCCAAACAAUCCACCACCACAAUCAUCGUUAUCAUCAACAGUAGCAUCACCAUUAUCAACAGGUUUUAUCGUUAAUUCUUCAAAUACCAAUUCAUCAAGAUCAGCAACUCCACAGAUAUCAUCAUCGCUUUUAAAUAAAUUUACUUCUAAUUGGGUUGGGGAUCAAUCACCAACAAAAUCCUCGCUUUUGUUUGAUUACACUUUACAAGUACCAUACGAAGGAAUUAAACCUAAUCAAGCUAAUGAACAACCGCCAAAACCAAGUCAUAUACUUGAACUUUAUGAUUUUGCAGUAUCAGACAAUUUAACAGGUAUUACAUUGACGAAUGCAACUAUUAAACGUAUUGAUAAUUCUCCAAAGAUGAACGAUGGAUCAAAUAAACGGCAACCUACAGUUCUUGCAAUCUUUAAAAAUUCCAAGGAAGCCAGCAAAAUGAUUCAAACAUUUAAAAGUCCCAGGUUUAAACUCAAGGCAUGGGAACCUUUGCCAAAAAAUACAAAUAAUAAUGAUAGUGAUAGUAAUCUUAGUAGCAGUGGCAAUGGCAAUGAUGAUAAUGACAAUUCUACAAUACCAGUUAGCUAA